AUGGCUGCGUUGGUACAGACGUAUACGCACCAGACUCCCACUGCCACUAUGCUUCAAACUCGCCCUUCGUCAACCGGUGGCAUGAUGGCGCCCAGUCAGUCGCACGGUAGCCAUCCAUAUAACAUGAGCAACUCACAGGCUCCAAGAUCCGCCUACACUUCAAAUGGAUCUUCUGGAUAUAGAGGCGGUUCUGUCCCUGCGCAGCCUUUUGCGUUUUCAAGUACCCCAAACUUGAGCCAAACUUUGUCAUGGCAGCAAUAUGGGACGUAUAGAACUGCCUCAUCGCCCACAGGGCCCACGUCGCAGACCUUUGACUCUGGUAUGAGUUAUCGUCCUGCCACGCAGAAUAGUCCCUCAGUCAAUUCGAUGGGAUACUCGAACUCUUUCGGCGUGGGCUAUGGUGGCUCGCGGGACGACUCAGCUCUGACACCGGGCCGGAUUACAUCACCAGCAGCACGACCCCAAUCCUUCUUGUCUGUAUCAACACAGCCAUCUUUCUCGUCCUCUACCAAGCAGAGCGGCCCAGAUCGAUACAGACGGACAACUACGGUUCAGUCAUCUCAUCAUAACCGAUCCCAGAGCACAACGCUUCCGCCAAGCCCAUCCAUGGUGCCUCCAAGCCAAGCAUAUCAGGCCAAUAGAAGAUAUUCUGCGUCAAACAUGUCUGCCAAUCAAGGAUUGGUGUCCGUGUCUUCGAUGGAUGACCUUCAACAAUACAGGAAAGCAAGCCAAGACGAUGCGAUGAGAAUGCGUCGACGCAGCGUCCACACAAUCGAAACCAGAGAAAUCGGAAACGCAAGACCCAUCUCGCGUGACAGCGCAGAGGGUAAACAGGCCCGCCUCGUGCAGACCAAUUCUCAUUCUCGCAAUGGAAGUUCAGAGAGUGUUGCCUCAACCCGCAGCAGCCACUCCAGACCUUCUUCUGCGACCAACCGUAACGUGCCCACCCCCACAGGUAACCCCUCUUUACUGGGAAGUGAUGAAACAACGGCCAAGAAUGAUCAAAAGAUGCUGAGCGUGCCUGCUCGAGGCUCUUCGUCUGAUGUUGUUAAGCGCACUCACAGCCCCUCACCUCUGUCCAAGCCGGCCACGAUGGCAAAUGACGCCAAUGAAGAUUCGGCGUCGUCGGCGGCUGGCGCCACGGCGAAUCUUGAUUCACCUGCAGCAAAGCAAUUGGCUGCGCUUAAUCAGAAGGGAGGCAAGGGAAAGAGCAAAACGUCCCGGUUGCGACGAGCAUUCUCCUUUGGUAGCGCCGCCGAGUUCCGAAAGGCAGCAGAAGAGGCAGAGAAGGCAGAACCUUCUAAACUUCACAAAGAACCCACCGAGGAGGAGGCGUACGAUGCAGAACAGGCACGUAUUGCCCAGGCACAAGAGGCUGGUGGAAUUGGAAAUAGCAUCUAUGGCGGGCGAUUCUUUGGGUCCACGGACAAUCUCUCUAUUUCGUCUACGGCUUCAUCUGCGUCAAUUAUGAUUCGCAAGAUGGGUCGUGGCAUGAAGAAAAGCACCCGAUCUCUUGUUGGCCUUUUCAGACCAAAGUCCGUUGUUGGCGUCCCUGCUCCUGAUCCGCCUGCACCAGAGGCAAGCCAGGCAGCUGUUUCUAUGAUCACAGUUGAGGCGGAAACGCAGCGUGUCAACGUGACAGCGGAGCCCCAUGCCGCCAAUGGAGGUACUGGCUUCCCACGCCUUGAGCGAAACUCAAUCGACGCUGCUCACGUACCGGAAACCGGCAGCGAACGACUUGGUAGCUCUGCGGGAGAGCAGCGGAAGAGCAUUGUCGGUGGUGAUAAGGAGCGCGCCGAAGUGCUUGCAGCUGUGAGAAAGGGUAUUUUAAAGCGAGCCGGUAGCCCUUCAGUGAAACCCACAGAAGAGUCUACAUCGCCGGAUCUGGUUCUUCCCAACAUUCCGGCCAUUGCCGACUCACCGAUCUCAAGUGCACCGAGUACGCCAAACGAUGAGACCCACGGUCAUAGGAGGACUGGCUCGAUCGCCAUCGGUAGUGAGGAUUACUUCAUGUCUGCUUUGCGGCUACGCCAAGACAGCCAGUCAGGAACGCCGCCGGCGAAGCGUAAUGCGACAUUCUCGCCCCGUAUCAUCUUCUACGAUACAUGGCCAAGCCAGGAAUACGAUCGCCGGGGUGAAAUCGCCACUUGCAAUCGGCUCACUCCUCUGCUGGCGCAGCAGAUUAAGGAAGAACUCAACUCAUUCAAGAUGGAAAUGGAAGUACACGAGAACUCCAAGAUUUACACUCACUUUUUCUGA